AAUUUUGCCCCUUUCUGCAUUCUGCAACUUUGAAAUUGAAUUGAAAGCGGACAUGGCGAAAUCCGAACAAUCAUCAUCAUCAUCUUCGAUGGUAGAUUCAGCUCCGCGGCCAUGGGAGUCUUACAACACUGUUUAUACUAACGCCAAAGCAGGUAUGGAAGGAGUUGAUAAGGAAAAAGUGCAAAGAGUAGUGUAUGAAAUGAGCAAAGGUUCAAAGUAUUUUGAGAACGAAGAAAGAAAAGAAGCUUAUAUGAAACAGAAGAUCGAGAACAUGCGUAAUCAUCUUGCAAAUCUAAAAGCUACUGAUAUAUCUCAUCAUCAGAGGGUUGCUGAUAAACGGAUUGCAGAAUUAGAUACUACACGUGAUCUAUCAAGAAUCUGGUUGCAUGUAGACAUGGAUGCUUUUUAUGCAGCUGUUGAGACCUUAAGCAAUCCUUCAUUAAAAGGAAAACCAAUGGCUGUUGGCAGCAUGUCCAUGAUCUCUACAGCUAAUUACGAGGCACGAAAGUUUGGUGUUCGAGCUGCAAUGCCUGGUUUCAUUGCAUCCAAAUUAUGUCCAGAGUUGAUAUUUGUGCCUACAGAUUUCAAGAAAUACACAUAUUACAGUGACUUAACUAGAAAAGUCUAUCAUGAAUAUGAUCCAAAUUUCACUGCUGCAAGUCUUGAUGAAGCAUACUUAGAUAUCACAAAAGUCUGCAAGGAAAGGGAUUUAUCAGGUGGAGAAGUUGCUGAAGAGCUUAGAGAAAAUGUGUAUAAAGCUACUGGAUUAACAUGUAGUGCUGGAGUUGCUCCAAAUCGGUUACUUGCAAAAGUUUGCUCAGAUAUAAACAAACCAAACGGGCAGUUUGUUUUACCUAAUGAUCGUGUUGCUAUAAUGACAUUUAUAUCCUCACUUCCUAUACGAAAGAUUGGGGGAAUUGGAAAAGUAACAGAACAUAUCUUGAAAGAUGUAUUUGAGAUCAAGACAUGUGAAGAUUUAUUGCAGAAAAGCUCCUUACUUUUUGCACUAUUCUCUCCUUCAUCUGCAGAGUUUUUUGUGUCUGUAGGGUUAGGACUUGGGGGAACAGAAGCGCCGAAUGUUAGAUCACGAAAAAGUAUGAGCAAUGAGAGAACAUUUUCUGCAACUAAAGAUGAGGCCUUUUUUAAUCAGAAAUUAGUUGAACUUUCGGAGAUGCUUUCUGCUGACAUGGAAAAAGAAGGUCUACAUGGAAAGACACUGACACUCAAACUAAAAACCGCAUCAUUUGAGGUGAGAACUCGAGCGAUGACUUUGCAGAGUUAUAUAAGGUCAAGUAAAGAUAUACUGAAACAUGCUUCAAAGCUUCUCAAGGCUGAACUUCCUGUAUCACUUAGAUUAAUCGGAUUGCGUAUGUCUCAUUUUAAUGAAGAUAAAGGUGGCAGUUUAUCUGAUCCUACACAAAGAACUCUUUUGAAUUUUAUAAAAUCUGGAGAUGAUAACAGGGAAAGUGUAGAUAAAGAGCAUUCAGAUUCAGAUCCAUGUUUUGAAAUUGAUGAUCAGAAUAUUUGCAGUUUAAAUAAUGAUCAUGAGGAAUCAGUGGUUGAGAAUUUACAAGUUACAGAAACAGGGCCUUCAUCAUCAUCAUCAUCAUCAUCAUCAUCAUUGAUGUGGUUGGAUGAUUAUAAGUGUUUGGUAUGUGGGAUUGAAUUGCCUCCAAGUUUUGUGGAAGAAAGACAAGAGCAUUCUGAUUUUCAUCUUGCUCAAAAACUUCAACAAGAAGAAGAAUCAGAACAAACUUACAAAAAUCUUUCAUUCAAACAUAGGAUGAUGAGUCAGAAAGAUGGGGGUGUUGAGAAAGGAAAAGGCAAGAAGAAGCAAAAACAUUCUGUUACAAAUGGUGACCAUAUUCCCAUUGAUGCAUUUUUUACAAAAAGGAGUUAGAAUUUGUAGGAUUUUGAUUUUAUAUUUAUGUGUAAAAUAAACC